GAAAAAUUAUCAGAGGAAUGCACGAAGGGAAAAACAUUUAAAGAAGGGAGAGGAGAAUAUAUACCAUCAAUACCAUGUCCAAUAAAUUCCUUAAAACGUUAGACUAGAGACUUUCGAGUUCGAUGCUCUAAGCUUGCGCCUCAGAUUUUAUGUUGUUAAUGCUUCGUCCGCACGAAAAGUGAUAAACCUUGUGCAGUAUGUUUUACACAGUUAUUUAUGGCGUUGGUGACUUUAGUCAGCGAUACUUGAAUUAGCGGCCAUUCUUCGUAUACACGUCGAAUCAUCUCGUCGGCGUUAAAUCUUUCACCAAUGGUGAGCAUGGUGAGCAGUGUAUAGAAAGAACACAUCAAAAGUAGCGCCAUGGCUGUGAUCUCUCCAUCUUCGUCGUGUAUUUGGUUUUACCUGAAUACAAUGAAAGUGUGUAACGUUCAGUGGGUGGGAGCGAAGUGCGAGAGAGACAGGAAACAGGAGGGAGAGAAAACGUCCGUUCCUGCGAGCCGUCAUGGCUGAAUCAUCGUAAGAGACUCUAUCGAGUGUACGAUAACAAAUGACAUUACGAUUGAAUCAGUGACCGUGAUAAGUACAGUGCAUGGAAUAGAAAUUUCGAAUCUAAACUCGUUAAUCUCGAUGUGGAGUAUCUACGAAGAGACGUGAUAAACAACGCUAUCGUGUGUGUUUAGUUCUACCGUGGAACGAUGAACGGGUUAAGUUUUAGUGAACUCUGUUGCUUGUUUUGCUGUCCACCUUGCCCGUCCAGGAUCGCCGCGAAACUAGCGUUUCUACCACCUGAGCCUACGUACACGUUCAUCGAGGAUGAGGGCUCCAAGUUUACGAUUUCUUUGUCCGAGAGAGCGGAAUGGCAGUACACGGAACGGGAGAAAGAAUCGGUGGAAGGUUUUUACGCAAGAACAUCACGAGGGAAUCGCAUAGCCUGCAUGUUCAUACGAUGCUCAGCCACCGCACGUUUCACGAUCUUAUUCUCCCAUGGGAACGCGGUGGAUCUGGGACAGCUGUCCAGCUUUUAUUUGGGACUCGGUUCGCGGAUAAAUUGUAACAUAUUCAGUUACGAUUAUUCGGGUUACGGUGUUUCCGGCGGUAGGCCAUCGGAAAAGAACCUCUACGCAGACAUAGAUGCUGCGUGGCAUGCUCUCCGGACACGUUACGGUAUUAGUCCGGAGAACAUUAUUCUCUAUGGUCAGAGUAUCGGGACUGUGCCCACGGUCGAUUUGGCCGCACGAUACGAGGUUGGUGCAGUCGUUCUGCAUUCACCCCUGAUGUCGGGAAUGCGAGUCGCGUUCCCUAAUACUAAAAGGACAUGGUUUUUCGACGCCUUUCCUAGUAUAGACAAAGUGCCCAAAGUAACAUCCCCUGUUUUGGUAAUUCAUGGGACUGAGGACGAAGUGAUAAAUUUCAGUCAUGGUUUGGCUAUUUAUGAAAGGUGCCCACGAGCAGUAGAACCAUUAUGGGUUGAGGGUGCUGGCCACAAUGACGUGGAGUUGUAUAAUCAAUACUUAGAGAGAUUGAAGCAAUUUGUAAGCGUAGAAUUGGUAAACUGACGGCGACUAAGCCUCUCCCAGAGUCAGGGGGGGCAGGAAGGAGGACACACACACACCAGCAGCCACGACCAUACCACUUCUAAUAAUUCAAGCAGUAUCAGCUCUAUUCCAACUAGUUCACGCACCGAGAAGCUUGUCUAGCACU